AAUUCUUGUAAAACCUAUCUUUCUAUAUCUAACCUUAUCUUUUUAAAUCAAUUGUUUUUUAAAUCUGCUGGUGGAGCCCUUUCUCUUCACCAUAACUUUCUGAAGUCUAUAAAUCAACUUCUUCUAUCCAGCCCCUCAGAACACAUUAAUCAAUGGCGAGCAAACUACAGUUCCAAAUCAAGGCUGAUAAAGUUAAUAUCGAAGUUCUAUGGCAGGCGUUGACCAAAGACAAAUUUGAAGUGAUAGAAAAAGCUGCUCCCGGCCUACUAAGUGAAUCACAUAUACUUGAAGAUAAUGGUCAUGGAUAUAUUGUUCUUGGCUCAAUCGUACAUGUUAGUUUUGGCCCUGAUAGACCAAAUCUUACACCCUUGAAGGAGAAGGUGGUUGAAUUGGAUGAAGCUAAUCAUGUAUUGAGCUUCCAAGGAAUAGAAGGAGGAUUUAUGAAGCCAGCGUUUGCUUGCUUGGUUACUUCUUUCAAGCUUGAUUGUAUAGGAGAAGGCAAUACUAUGAUCAGCACAACUGUUACUUAUGAUUUAGAGAAGAACAUUGAUGGAACUGAGGUUUUGGAGGAGCUUUCCAAGAUGUUAAAGCAUUACCUCAACUGUGUUGUGAGUUAUUUGCAGAAAAAUAAUGCCUGAUCAGGAGAAAAUCCAUGCUUGCUUGCUUGUGCUAAGGAUUUAUGUCUCUUUUUCUUAUUAUUAAAUGUGUUGAAUAAUAAAAAUGUAAUGGUUGUUUUCUAUUUGUAAGUGGGGCAUGCUGGUCUCUAAAAAUGUUAAGAGCCUUGAUUGGAUUAUGUGCUUCUG